UAUAUCUGCUGCAACCCAACCUACAACAAAUGCAAUCCAGACUUCAACCCCACAUGUAUCCCCUGCUCUGACUCUAACACAGCCUUCAACCCAGCUUACAACUUCAACUAUACCUGCAACUACCACCCAAGCAAAAACAACUGCAACCCACCCUAUAUCUACUGCUACCCUUACUACAGGAACAAACCAUAUUGCUAUCACAACUACAACCACACCUUUACUUGAAACAACAGCACCACUCACAACUACAGUUGAAGUCAGAUUUUCCAGCUCAGAAACAUUUAAUACUUCACUUUUUGACAGAAAUUCAGAUCUCUAUAAAGAACGAGAAAGAAGAGUCAAAAACGAGUUUGUGCCUAUCUUUAAAAAAGCAUUCCAGUUCUUCUUCAGACUGACAGUGAUUAGAUUCAGUCCUGGAUCAGUCAUCACAGAUAUGAAUUUGGAAUUCAAGAAAGACAGUCUUUUGCCAGAUGACAAUGAGAUCAUACGUACUAUCACCAGUGCCAAUACUACAUUUAAUAUCACCAGUGCAGAAGUUAUACCAAAAGCUGACCUUUCCACUACUACCAAAUAUACUGCAACCACAACCAAGCCCACUGAAGGAAAGAUAACCACACAUCAAUCAACAACAUUGACAACAAAAACAACAACAACAAAAGCCGCAAACACCACGCAAACAACAAAAGCCACAAUCACCACGCCAACAACUAAUGCCACAAUCACCACGCCAACAACAAAAGCCACAACCACCACGCCAACAACAAAUGCUACAACCACCACGCCAACAACAAAAGCCACAAUCACCACGCCAACGACUAAUGCCACAAUCACCACGCCAACAACAAAUGCCACAAUCACCACGCCAACAACAAAUGCCACAAUCACCACGCCAACAACAAAAGCCACAACCACCACGCCAACAACAAAAGCCACAAUCACCACGCCAACAACAAAUGCGACAACCACCAUGCCAACAACAAAUGCUACAACCACCAUGCCAACAACUAAUGCCACAAUCACCACGCCAACAACAAAAGCCACAACCACCACGCCAACAACAAAAGCCACAACCACCACGCCAACAACAAAAGCCACAACCACCACGCCAACAACAAAUGCUACAACCACAACAGCCAAAACCACCACCACAACAGCAGUUCCAACACGCCCUCCACCAGUUGUAACCAUAGAGUUUGUCAUUUUAGUAAUAUUUACUCCAGACCUUCAAAACACACUAAGUGAGGCAUUUAAGAAACUAGCAGACGAAGUUCAAAAUGAGUGUGACAAAAUAUAUAAACUGAAGUAUGGAGUUCUUUUCAUCAGGAGUAUUGUGAAAGCUUUCAGAGCUGUUGCCAGAACCCGAGCAGAUCAAAAUGUACAGGCAGAGCUUGAUUUAGUGUUUAGUCAAACAUCCACUGAACCGAUCCCCAACAACACUGACAUUGUGGAGACUCUGAAAGAAGCCGCUACAAAUCCAACGUCAGGCUUCAACCUCACCCUUGAUGCAACCUCUAUUAUUGUUGUUAAAUCAGUGAAGAUAAUUCCACUGACAAUCCUCACCAAUGGAACCUUUGUGGCUGCUCUUUCAAAUAAAAAUUCUACCGAAUUUCAGAACCGGGCUAUGAUGAUGAAAGUAGGGCUUGAACCUUUCUUCUUCGCUGAUUAUCAAACAUCAUUCAGCAUCAUAUCCGUAACGAACUUCAGUGAUGCCAAUGUAAAAAUAAGGAGCGUGCCCACGAUCCGAAACUCCAUGGAUCUUGUAUUCGGAACGGAAGCUGUUCUACCCAAUAACACCCAGAUAGUGAACACUGUGGUACGAGCAGCCAGAGACAACACACUACCCUUCAAGAUCUUCACUUCUUCAAUCAUAAUAAAUGGAAUCGAAUUUUCAUCAGGUGAAGUCAGCAGCAGGAUCAGUGUGGUGACCGCUUCAUUCCUGGUUGCUGUGUCGCUUCUGGUUCCAUGGUUUAACUGAACCUAACCUCUCAUGCAAAUAUAACUGAUUCAGACGGGUCUGAAUCUUCCAUGCCUCAAAUGAAGGACUCGUACAUGUAAACAAAACUCUGAAUGCAUCAGUUUUUUUUUAGAACUGAAUGUGUCUGUUUUUAGCUCUGGUUCUGUUUUCAGAAAGGGGUAAAAAAUCUUUCGUUAUACAAGCACUUUUAGUAAUUUAUUUAAAAAAAAAUGUUUGACUCUUAAAUCUUAUUGUCAUUGAUUUAUUUUCUGAUAAAUGUAAUCUGCAAAUCAAGGGGCAGUUCUUUAAAUUCUUUAAUUUAUUUUUUGUUAAUUCUGUAUAUGUGUGGUUAUCGGAUCAGUAAAACAAGUGGGUUCAACUUUACAAUCUACAAAAUAAUACUAUAAGCUACAACAACCACAUUUUCAACUGAAUGCUAUUUUAAUAUUGUAAUAUAUAUUUAUAUAAAUGUGUAAUAUAUAACCAACUCUGUUAUAUCUAAGAUAAACUCUGGCAAAACUACUGAAAUUCAUUGCACAUGUCUAACGGUCCAAAUUACUCAUGGUUUGGUUUUUUUCUCAAUUUUACAGUCAUGGUUUUCGGUAGCACGUCCUGAUUUUGCCAAGUCC